AUUACACACAAGAUAAUUACUUCCACAGUUCUAAAAAAUUGUUGAUAGACACCGAGUUGCUAAUAUCUAAUAUUUAAUAUUGGUUUCAAUAUAUUCAAUAUAAAUAAUUAUUUACCUUGCAGAUAACAUAACAAUAUUGACAUUUAUUAUUAUUCUUCCAUAUGGUAGUGAUAUUUGCAGUCUCAUUUGCAAUCGAAUAAACCAAAAGAGCAGUUCCCGAUGGAGAGUCAAAGUGAUUCAAGUGGUCAUUCUGGACCGAAUGUGGAUGGUCUUAUGAAGGACAUAUUUUCGAAAAAAACCCCACCUCCAGUAGAUCUUCCAAAGGCUCCACCUCCAGAUGCAGAAGUUUAUGAUAAAUGUAAAGUAAAGGGAACAGCUAUUAUUUUUAAUCAUAGGUAUUUUACAAUGGAAAAUGUCUCUCCAAGAGACGGUACUGAUCUAGAUAGAGAUGCUUUACAAAAAGUACUUCGUGAAUUAACUUUUGAUGUCCAGGUCUACAACGAUUUAACCUUAGAAUCAUUACUAGAAGUACUAGGUAUAGUUUCCAAAAUGAAUCACACGCAAUGUGAGUGCCUUAUAAUCGCAGUAAUGUCACAUGGAGAUGAUGGUAUAAUUUAUGCCAGAGACGAACCUUAUCCUACAAAAAAAUUAUGGAGUUAUUUUACACCUUUACGAUGUCCUAGUUUGGCUGGGAAACCAAAACUGUUUUUUAUUCAGGCCUGCAGAGGAAGCGAUUCUGAUCCAGGGCAAGUCGUCACAUACGUAGAACAGGAUUCUAGACCAGCAACUAGCAAAACGUACACUAUACCCAUAAUGGCCGACAUACUUGUUAUGUAUGCUACAGUAGAAGAAUAUUAUGCUUGGAGGGAUCCAGCUACAGGCAGUUAUUUCAUUCAAGCUUUGGUCAAUCAAUUGAGAAAACAUCAUAACUCUGAAGAUCUCUUAUCUAUUUUGACGAGGGUCAAUAGAGAAGUAGCCAUAGGAUUUACCUCGUACGAGCCUAAUUACCCCAAGUAUAAUAACAAAAAGGAAAUGUGUUCAAUCGUUUCUAUGUUGACUAGAAAAUACUAUUUUAAUUUAUAAGUUUAUCUUUAUCUCACAAAAAUGAUUCUAAUGUACAAAUUUGAUUAUUUCAGAGCUAAAUAAAAUCUUGUGAUAAGUUU